CCCGUCCAAGGUAAAACCGUCGAAACAAUUUCCCUCACCUCGUCAACGCCCAAACCAGACCUUCGACUACUCUUGCUGGAAAAUCGACACCGGUAGUCAAGAUGGGUAUCUCCAGAGAUUCAAGACACAAGCGUAGCGCCACUGGUGCGAAGAGAGCAUACUACAGAAAGAAGCGUGCCUUCGAAAAGGGACGUCAACCGGCCAACACCCGUAUCGGCGGCAAGAGGAUUCACCUCGUCCGCACCCGAGGAGGCAACACCAAGUACCGAGCCCUUCGCCUCGACAGCGGCAACUUCAGCUGGGGAAGCGAAGGUGUGGCCCGCAAGGUCCGAGUCAUCGUCGUCGCCUUCCACCCCAGCAACAACGAACUCGUCCGCACCAACACCCUGACCAAGUCCGCGGUCGUCCAGGUCGACGCCGCGCCCUUCCGACAGUGGUACGAGGCACACUACGGCACCUCCCUGGGCCGCCGACGACAGGGCCAAAAGUCCGAGGUCGAGGAGAAGAAGGUCAGCAAGAGCGUCCAGGCCAAGAGGGAGGAGAGACUCAAGACUUCCGGCAAGGUGGAGCCCGCCCUGGAGAGACAGUUCGAGGCCGGUCGCUUGUACGCCGUCAUCAGCUCGCGCCCCGGUCAGAGCGGCCGCUGCGACGGCUACAUCCUCGAGGGUGACGAGCUGGCCUUUUACCAGAGAGCCAUCCGAAAGUAAAGAAGACAAAAACCAAACUCACAACUCUGCACUUUCCGGAAUCAUGAAUGGGCGAUGAGGUGUUGUCGUGGUUGGAAGGGGGUACUGGUGUGUACGUGCCUUGAUCAUCUCUGAUAAUGGUCAAGGGAGAACGAGUUUUAAAGGGGGUUGUCUUUGGGGAACAAAGAAAAAGAGGCAGAUCGGGCGCAAAUCCCUUUUUGCAAAGAUGCAAGAUGGCAUGGAACAAAUGGUGUAUGCGUGUGUACUUGGGGGAGCGUCGGGUCAAGUCAUGACUGCUUUGACUUGCCUCGCGUCUCUUACACUCGGGUUCUCUUUCUUUUUUUCCGUGGGCGCGCGAAUCGAGGAAAACGAUCAUGGCCAGAUUGAUGAAAAGAACUGAGGGUUGACUUGGCUGGUAUGAGUUCCACGCAAAACAAGACCAAAAAAAGAGAAGAAGAUAGCCAUCUCAUACUGCUGAGGCUAGAAAUCACAAUACUGUUUCAAAAUGAAGAA